AUGGUAAUGGGAGAGGUUCCUCUAAAGCUAGGAUCACAAGUUGGCUCUAUGGAGAAAAGGAAAGGAGAUAUCAGUAAACAGGAAGGAUUGGGGUGGCCUCAAGACUUGACAGUUCAGCGUCUCAUGGAAAUGCGUCAAAAACAUUUCCCUGAGAUUUUGUUCUUAAUGGAGACAAUGAAUAUAAGAGAUGUACUUGUAGAUAUUCAAUGUUGGUUAGGUUAUGAUCAUGUAUAUACGGUGAACCCAGUUGGGAGAUGUGGAGGUCUUGCUUUAUUUUGGAAGAAGAGUGUGGAGAUCGACUUUCUGUUUGUUGAUAAGAAUAUUUUGGACCUGAAGGUAAAUAUUGGCAGUGCAACUUACUUCCUCUCAUGUGUCUAUGGAAACCCCAAUAGCAGUCUCAUAAACGGGGUUUGGGAAAAACUGACUAGGAUUGGGAUCCCAAGGAAGGAGAAGUGGUGUAUGAUAGGAGAUUUUAAUGAGAUACUCCAUAAUGGAGAGAAAUUAGGAGGACCUACCAGAAGUGAAGCAUAUUUUGUGGAUUUUGCUGAAAUGCUGAAAGCUUGUGAAGUAUCGGAGCUGUCAAGUACUGAAUGGCUUACUUUCUUUCCUGCGGCUAAUCAGGCUUUCUUAGAUAAGAAAGAUUCUGAUCAUAGGCCAGUAUUGGUCUCUUUAGUCUCAUCUCAGGACAGCUAUAGAGGUUCCAUCCGUUUGACAAGCGUCUCUUGCACAAGCUGUUGGUUAAAGAAUCAAUUGAAAAAGCUUGGUCAGCCUCUUCCUCUCUUUUUGGGCAAUGAGCUACUGAAAGACUUAGAAGGUGUCGAAAGGCUCUCAGAGGAAAUCGAAGCUGAGCAUGCAUUCAUAAACACAUCCUUUUCAAGAAUGGUGAUCAUAAAGAGAGAUAUGGUAGUAGCACAUAAAGAAGAGGAGAUUCAUUGGACGCAGAAAUCAAGAAAGCAAUGGCUUCGCUCGGGGGACAAAAAUACAAAAUACUUCCAUAAUUCGGUCAAAGCGGAAAGAACCAAAAAUGCUAUAGUGAAGCUUAUUAACGAAGCUGGAUUGGCCCAGAAAUCAGAGGCCUCAAAAGGGGAUGUAGCAGCUCGGUAUUUCCAGAAACUCUUUGCUUCUUCUUACCCUAGGGAAGAGGACCUCCAAUUUUUUCAAGAUUUUGUUCCUAAGGUGAAUGAAGAAAUGAAUGAAUUGAUUAUAGCUGAUGUAACAUCAGAGGAAGUUAGACAAGCAGUCUUCUCAAUCAGUCCUUCUCGGGCACCUAGAGCAGACGGAAUGACCGGUCUAUUUUUUCAAAAGUAUUGGAGUGUGGUGGGUGAGCAGAUAACUAAGGAGGUUCUCAGUUUUUUCAAAGAUGGUUCCUUCGACAAAGAAUGGAACUUUACCCAAAUUUGUCUCAUCCCCAAGAAGGUAAAUGCUUCUUUUAUGUAUGAUUUAAGACCUAUCAGCCUCUGUUCAGUGAUGUACAAAAUCAUUUCAAAGAUUAUGGUUGCCAGACUUAAGCCUUUUCUUCCGGUCAUUAUCUCUCCAACCCAAUCUGCUUUCGUUCCAGAGAGGCUUAUUUCAGACAACAUCAUUAUCGCGCAUGAGAUUGUCCACAGUUUGAGGACGCAUGAGGCAACUUCAAAACAUUAUAUGGCUGUAAAAACAGACAUGUCGAAAGCUUUUGAUAGAGUGGAAUGGAGCUAUUUGAAAGCUCUACUAGUUGCGUUGGGAUUCCACCCAAAAUGA